CGGUUUGUAGGCAGUGUAAUUAGCUGAUUGUAGUGCGGUGCUGACAAUCACUAACUCCACUGCCAUCAAAACAAGGCACAGCAUCACCCGCCGCCCGCGGGAGGAGAAGCCGGCGGCUGCAGCCCCACUGACUCCGCAGAAAGCGGAGGCCGGAGCCAGGAUGCGUCAGCGAGGGGCCCGGAGCACGAGGUCUAAGUGCAAGUAACCCUCGGAGACCGGCGGCUUCCUUUAGGGACCGUUCGGCUGGCUACCUGUGUGUACGAGCCAGGGGAAAAAAAAAUAACGUUUCGGUGAUGUGUAAAGAGGAUCGGUAUACACCGGCCUUAACAUUAAAAAAAAAAGGAUGCCAGGAAGAGCCCCCCAGAACAGUUCCUGCUGCGUGCUGUGAUUCACUGCCUGUUUUCCACUUCUGAGAAAGCUGUCACCAAGGCAGCGACUAGAGUCAACCACUGCUUGGCUGAGGAUUUGCUGGUCACAACCACUGAGAGCACCAACCAAAGACUGCAGGCUUUUUUCUAUGAGUCUAGUUACUAGGCAGUGUAGUUAGCUGAUUGCUAAUAGUACCAAUCACUAACCACACAGCCAGGUAAAAAGACUGAAAUUCCUCCGACAGAGCCUCCUGUGCAUCAUUUUGGUGAGGACAGCCACAGGGAAAUAGCCUUACCAUCUACUACCUAUUAGUAGUUUAGGAGAAAAAAACACGCUAGCCCUUAGCUGCUAAGUAUACAAUGUAUCAAUAUGUGUGGGGUACAUUUUUGGUGAUUUUUUAGAUAUAUUGGAAAAUAGAAAUAAUUACCCCUUAGCUGAUUUGGUCAUUAUAUUGACUUGUGAUUAUUAAUCUCUGGACUUUACCUGACACUAUAUUUUAUUAAUAACACUCUAAAAAAUAAAGCGCCAUGAAAAUCUUCAGCUAUCGUGUCCAUUUCCUUCUCCAAAAACUGGCUUUAGGAUCUCCAUCUCAGUUCCUGUCACCCCCUAAAGUAAUUUAAAUGGUCAGUUGCUAUACAGACAAAAUCUCCAGGGUAACGUCUCACACAUAAUUGUGAACCUGAAAGGGUGUGUUCAAUGUUUUCAUUUUUCUCGGGGUGGGGGAACUCAGCCCCCUUUACGGGGUAUAUUUUUAAGGUGAUAACAGUUCUCUAGGCAAAUUGUGGUGGGAAUAAUUAGUGAACAUUAUUUAAAACCAGCUUGUUUCCUAAGAUUUGUAAUAAAAGAUUUAAGAGGUUUUAAAUCACAAAAGCUGUAUCCAUGGGUACCUCUCGGCCCAGUUCUAGACUAGGACAUUAUGCAGAUGUAUCAGUGAAGACCCAAGAACUUCCCGAGUUGAGUGCGGAGGGAGCCUUGGCAAUCUUGUCCAAAAGAGGCAGGCGCUUUUUAAAGUUCACAUUAUUGGGCUAUUUGGGGGAGGAGGGGACGCUGGUUGAGGAUCUAAGACACUCCAGGAUUGUACACAUCACAAAGUUGAGGCUUUUACUCUUAAGGCUUGACUACCCCGAAAUUUGUGACUUCGACAGAAGCCAGCUGCAGAUAGGCCACAAGCCCUCGAGGAACUCCAGCUCCUACGGAAGAAACACAGGCAUUCCGGUGGUGGCAGUUACCAACCCGACCGUUCUCCAGUGGGGGCGGGGCGCCAGAGCUAAGGGAAGCGUCCUGAGUCACCAUGGAAACGGGGCCCAGAGGCUGUCCUAGCGUCAGGAAGGAACCGCAGGAAAUCUGCUCCCCUGGAUUACUUGUGUUCACUGGCUGCUCUGAGCAGGAUGCCAACUUGGCUAAGCAGUUUUGGCUCGGGGCGUCCAUGUACCCCACUACCGAAUCUCAGCUGGUGCUGACCCGAGGCAGUAGUCAGAGGCUACCGGUGGCGCGGAACUCUAAAGUCCUUGUGAGCGAGAGAAAUUCUGUCAAGCCCUUUCCCUUUGAUCACAACAAGGAAGAGAUUCUCUUUGCUAAAGCCCAAAAGGUUCAGGAAUCUGAAGAGAAAGCAAACUAUCUCCAAAAGAUUUUUGUCUGCCAUGUACUUCACCAGUAGGACAAAGUGGAAGCAUUUUAAACUAUUAGGCCAAGAAGAGAGAUGAGAUUCUCCAACUUUUAAGGAAACAAAGAGAAGAGAGGAUCUUG